AAUUCCUUUUAAGAAUCUAUUUGCAGAACAAAGUAGCUAAUAAUAUGUUUUGCAUUGCUUGUUGUUUAGUUUUUCUAAAGAGGGAUAUGAAAUUUUAUUCUGUGAAUCAAGACUAAUAGAAACCAAAGCAGUGUUUAUUAGGACUUCUAAAAGGAGGUAUUUUCCUCACUGAUUGAGACAGGAAACAUGGAAUCCUAUGGCCCAAUAAUCCUCUCAUUUGCUUUUGAAGUCACAGACCCCUACUUGCCAUCUCCCCUUAAAGAUGCAUAAACAAGUGUUAGGGAUUGAAGUAAAAAAGAUGUGAUUGGAAAAAUGCAAACUUUUCGCCACUCCAUGAAACAACUCUAAUUAAUGUCUUAACAAUUACAGCUUUGUAUUUAAAGAUAAGCACAUUUUUUAAAAAGAUAUUGAAGAAACUUAGACUACUACUAAAGAAAAGAUAGCUGAGAGUUUUUUGAUAACUGUUUUUAAGAACAUAAAAAGCUCUGUUAGAAAAUUGACUAGAUGUUUUCCAAUUACGUGGAGACAGAACCAAUUUAAAUGGUAGCAACCGUCAGGAAAAAAGAUGUAAAUUAUAACUAAAAAAAAUCUUCACUGGAGAAGGCUACUGCAAUAGAAGUUAUCUUUUGCUAGUUAAAUAUAGAAUUACUUGGACACAGAAGUUAAACAAUAUAGCUUUGAUCAGAGUGUUUCCCCUAGCAAGCAAUAAAUGUAGGCACAAGGGUCCCCAAUAAAAGAGGUUAACCACUACCACAAUAACAAGACAUACAUGCACAUUAUAAUCUUAUUUUCACCUUUCAUCAUAAUGCUUUUAUUUGGAACCCAGAAAAAAGUAAUGAUAAGGUGAACACAAACACAGAAAGUGUGACUAAGUUAGAGAGGUUUAAGGAGAUGGAAAUAAAAUAGAAGAAUUUAAAGAAAGUAAUCUAUGAUUCAUAAGAAACCAAAGAACUUCUCUCUGGCCCACAUCUGAAGUCCUCCACAAAUUAUCUAGGAAACAUCCCAAACAACAGCUCCUUGAAAUUAAAGAAAAAAUUAUGACAUCAGCAUCCAAAGGAAUUCUCCGCCCAUUUUUAAUUGUCUGCAUUAUCCUGGGCUGCUUUAUGGCAUGUCUUUUCAUUUACAUCAAGCCCACCAACAGCUGGAUCAUCAGUCCAAUGGAGUCAACAAGCUCAGUGCUGAAAAUGAAAAAUUUCUUCUCUACCAAAACUGAUUAUUUUAAUGAAACUACUAUUCUGAUUUGGGUGUGGCCAUUUGGGCAGACCUUUGACCUUACGUCCUGCCAAGCAAUGUUCAACAUCCAAGGAUGCCAUCUCACAACAGACCGCUCGCUGUACAACAAAUCUCACGCAGUUCUGAUCCACCACCGAGACAUCAGUUGGGAUCUGACCAAUUUACCUCAGCAGGGUAGGCCACCCUUCCAGAAGUGGAUUUGGAUGAAUUUGGAAUCACCAACACACACACCCCAAAAGAGUGGUAUUGAGCACCUAUUCAAUCUCACUCUGACUUAUCGCCGCGAUUCAGAUAUCCAAGUGCCUUAUGGCUUCUUGACGGUGAGCACAAACCCCUUUGUGUUUGAAGUGCCAAGCAAAGAGAAGUUAGUGUGCUGGGUUGUAAGUAACUGGAACCCUGAGCAUGCCAGGGUCAAGUAUUACAAUGAGCUAAGCAAAAGCAUUGAAAUCCAUACUUAUGGGCAAGCAUUUGGAGAGUAUGUGAAUGAUAAAAAUUUGAUUCCUACCAUAUCUACCUGUAAAUUUUACCUGUCCUUUGAAAACUCAAUCCACAAAGAUUAUAUAACAGAAAAGCUCUACAAUGCUCUCCGGGCUGGCUCUGUACCUGUUGUUCUGGGGCCACCUAGGGAAAACUAUGAAAAUUAUAUUCCAGCAGAUUCAUUCAUUCAUGUGGAAGAUUUUAACUCUCCCAGUGAGCUAGCAAAGUAUCUGAAGGAAGUUGACAAAAACAAUAAGUUAUACCUAAGUUACUUUAACUGGAGGAAAGAUUUCACAGUAAAUCUUCCACGAUUUUGGGAAUCACAUGCAUGCUUGGCUUGUGAUCAUGUGAAAAGGCAUCAAGAAUAUAAGUCUGUUGGUAAUUUAGAAAAAUGGUUUUGGAAUUAGAGUUUUCCAACAUUUGCACACCUGGCAAAUUAUUUUGAUGAAAUGUCAUUCAAGUUCUGAGAAUGAAAAGAGAGACAACAUUCUGCUUUUCUGUCACAAUUUAUUUUGAUCACUAUCUUGGGUAACAUAUAUCUUGAUGAAGAUUUUUAAGAGAUCAGCAUUAGCAAUCACUCCAUUUGGUCUUAAAUUAUCCUAUAUAUACCUAAUUAUUUGCACUGAAAAAUAAUUUAUUUUUCGUUAUCAUUUUUAAACAUUGAACACACUUUUAUAGUUGUCCUUAAUGUAAGUUUGUGAUAUAAUUACUCUUUGUACAUUGAUCAUCUGUUUCAUCUAUUUGGGAAAUUAAGAUAUACAUCUUAAAAUAUGAAACAUUUUCACUAAAUAUUGUCAUCUCUAGUUCCAAGUUUGCAUAAUGUAACAAAUGAAAAGUAGUCAUAAUUGAAUUCUAACCUCUUUGACUUCGAAGUUGAGCAAAGUGUGUAACUGUCAUUUGACCUAUUUUUACCUAUUUACCAUGUUUGUGAAGGCAGAAAUAGCCAUGUAAAUAAGAAAGAUAGUAGAGCAGAACUGUUCUAUUCAGGAAGCUAUUAGAUUUCCCAUUUAUUUUCAAUAAGCUGACUUGCAAGUGUAGCCAUUUGUUCUCAUGAUCUUAAGUUAAAUUAUUUAAAGUAUUUUAAAUAUCCAAUUUGUUGGAAUUUUAGUACCUAGGAUAUAAUCCUAAUAACACUUAAGAAAAUCAAAAACACUUCUCUUUUCGAUCCUGGUAACACUUAUUAUUAUAAUAAAAAUAAUUUCUCAUAUAACAAAAUAUGUAUACAUUAAAUCACAUUUAUAAAUGGCACAUGUACAAUUUUAAUCACAUAUCAAUUUAAAAUAUUUUCUUUAACUCUAAUUGUUAAAAGUUUUAUUUUGCCAUAUAGACAAAUAGACAUAGCAUUUGAAAAAGUUUGUCCUUUUAUUUAAAAGAACCUAAAUAAAGUUAUUAUCAAGAAGUUAAAUAUAAGAUGUAAAACAUAAUAAAACAAGGACUUAAAAGCUCUCAAUAUAUAUGUAUUAAAUAAAUAAAUGAAUGAAUGACAUUGAACAUCAUGGGAAAAAAAUUUUUUUGGUUUCAAUGAAGUGACAGUUCUAGUCUAUAGGUACUCAUUGGAGAUGGUGUUUUAUAUUCCACUUUAGUAAUUAUUCAUAUUGUAACAUUUGUCUGUAGCCCUCAGGGCUUUACAGAACCAAAAUGUUUAUCCUUAUAUUAAGUUUUUCUUGAGAAUUCACCCAUGAACUUAGUUGCUGAACUGCAUUUCUCCUCCCUAAGGUUAAGAGCUGGAUAUAAGCAAAGAAUAGCAGGUGAGAAAUGAUGGGAUGCUAAGGAUUCUUCAAGAAGAGUUUCCCAAAAGAAAAGAACCUGUAAUGACUUAACUCCAUUCAGGGAAAAAUCUCUCAAAAUAACCAGAAUGUUCUGAUAAGAUCUAUUUGGGUCUAUUUGUGACUUAUUCUAAUAGCCCUAGUACAUGUCAACAUCAGUAGAACUCAAAUCCACAAUCUUCUACAUCAAAUGGAAGAGAGGCAGAUUUCAAAUCCGUAAGAAGAAAGUACCAACUAUUUCUAACAGGACUGCCAUGAGGGAAUAAGCUCUCUAGAGCACUAGAAGAUUUUGAGCAGAGGAAGAUUCUUGUAUUGGGUGGAGGAUGGUUUUGAUAUUCAAAAUCAUUUCUUUACCCAUGAUUGAAUAGGCAUGCUGUGUCAGGCAAAGCCUUAAGCAGAGACAAAGAUGAACAAGGAGAUAUCACUGCCUUAAAGUAGCUUACAAUUAAGUAAGAGAGAUAACAGAAAAGCUUCCUUCGAAUCUGUGUUUAUGCAUAUCAUACUCUCAAUGGAGUUUAUAUGAAUCACUGCAAGAAACCAAAUUCCCCCAACUGUUUCUGAGCUGCAAACUUCGUUUACUCAUUUAACCCAAUGUAGCUUCCCUCCAUAUUAUCUUUUCUAACCACACUGACUGAAGAAAUAGUCUGUCUCUGUGGAUACCCUCCUAAAUAAAGGUCUCCUCCUACAUUUAUUUUGUCAUGUUAAAACAGUCACAUUCAUUCAUUUACAUUUACUUUAUCUUUUUUACCUAUAAAAAGUAUAGAAAUAGAAAGAGAAUUAACUACAAGUUUUAAAAGUUCCUGUUUUCUUCAAAAGCAGAAAAGCCACAACAACCCACCUUUGCUGUGGUGGAUGCUCAUGAGUUCAAUGACCUGAGAAACUUGAGCACAUCGCCUCCAUUGUUAACUACAAAUUUGGACUCAUUCUUAGACUGUGAUUAUAAUCACAUGCUGAUCAUAUGACCAAAGCCAUGGCAAUAAUACCAGGUGACUAGAUAAAUGGCACAUCUGUAUAUUGAAAACUCAUUACCAAGUCCAAGGUUAAGUUUUCUGAAUUUAAGGUGCCAAAACAAAUAAGUCAACUGGAUCCUUUAGUUCUGGAUCCAAUAAUCUGUAAAUUUUAGGGCAGGAAGGGAUUAUAUCAAUGUUUACAAACCAAUCUCUUUAUUCUAUUUAUGAGUUAACUAGAUCCAGAGAUAAUUACUCAAGACCUGUGUGCACAUACACACAAAAACACCCACACACCCCACAGCUAGUGACGUAGCCAAGAUUAGAAUGUAGAGGCCUGUAUUUCUUAAUCCUUAUGUUCUUUUUCAUAGUGUUUUCACUUUGUCAUAGAAGUAUGUCUCAAUUCCUAGAAAUGUGAAUGCCUAGUUGGUUACUAGGACCUUUUGAGUGAUACAUGCUACAUAGAAGCAUGUUGACUUUUGAAAAAAGUAUAGUUAGUAAAACACUAAACUUGUUAGCAUUCUUUCUGGUUUAAAUAUUUUAGGAGUUGAGCUUUAGCAGAAGGAAAUGGGCUUUCACUACAUUUUAAGUAAAAUGAAACCCUUAAGAUAGUGUGUGGUUCUCACCCACUCUUUUAAUGAAUCUUAUAAAUCGCAAAAUUCUGUUUAAUGAUUUCUCAGAAUGAAUGAUGUUGAUUUGACAAAACUGGCUUGCUGCUAAUGGCUAUAAAAACAAUUAUGCCAGGGGAUAAAUUGUGGAUAUAAAAAUGGAAUGGACUAUUUAAAAAGUUUUAUUUCAAAAUAUCAAAAAUCUGUUACCUUCAAUGUUCUGAUUAUUUCAAUAUCAAUUAUUUUAGGCCUUACUAGAACAUAGAAGUGUUAAUUAUUAUAGGCCUUAUUAAUAAGAAUAUAUACUGAGUUCUCUAUAUCUUGCAGUAUUAUGCCCUUAAAAUAGGCAUGACAAUCACAUUUUAUGACAGCCAUAACUUUGCAAAUAUAAAGCAGAAACUGGUAAAAACUAAUAUCAGAUUGAAAUUUUUAUAUUUACUGCAUAAAUCCUGAUAUUCCUAGAAUGUCCAGUAACGUUUUCUGUUGUGUGGGCUUAGACAGCUCAGAGCACUGAUGUGUAAAGUGACAGAAUAUUUAGGAAUUAUUUGCUGAGCCUUUGAAGUCUUGCCUCCACUUGGGGGUUAAAUAUGAAAAGAAUAAGAAACAAUACUAUUGAAAUCUUUUGUUUGCCUGUUUUCAAACUAGAGUCCAUGGUCUUAAAGUAAUCACCUAGAAAAUAUCUUUGUAUGAAUUAAUAUUACCAAACAAGGGUUAGAUCCUUACAAAUGACUCUGUACUUAUGACUCUUUGAAUUUCCUUGAACACUGAUCUUACUUAGGGGAACUUCUUAACAAAUUAAUUGUAAUCAAGCUGUUAAAUAUAACUUCAGGAUCUAAAAGAUAAGCUCAGUGCUUAACAUAGAGGAAGAUCUCCACAAAUAUCAUCAAAUGAAUUUU